CUGUUUUGCUCAGCAAUGCCAUGCCUCACCUCUGGGAACUUGGCGACUCAAGAGGAGAAGGCAGCUUGGGAGCCCCAGCCCGUCCAGGGCAGGGAGGGCAGGGCCGUGCCCCACCCAGGCCCUGCACAGGCAGGCUGGGGUUCGGUUCCACCCGCGGCUCGGCUGCAGACGCCCGCUCACUCUGCUCUUCCAGACAGCCAGCGGAGGGGCGGCAGCAGCCUGUUUCUUUCUUUCUUUCUUUCUGUUUCUUCUUCUUCUCUUUCUCCCCCCUUGGAGGAAAUACUGCAGCCUUCUGGACUGCGUGCGCGGCUCCCUGGAGAGGCUCUCUCGGUUCCACCCACUGGCUGGAAGGAGGGGAAGUGAAUGAGAGGGGCAAGGCCAGCCGGAACACACCAUGUCACUCUGGGAACCAGACAGCAGCAACUAAGCCUGCACGGGUUUCUUUUUCUUUUUCUUUAUUUUUUUUCUUUUUCUUUUUCUCCCCCCCCCCCAGUUUUUUUUUUUCCUUUCCUUUCCUUUUUCUUUUUGUUCAUUGUUUCUUUUUCCUUUCAUUAAAAAAUAAUUUCUUUUUCCGUGGUGGGAGAGAGACACGAGAGACGGAAAGCUCUACUGCAAGGAUUCUCGAGUUGUGCUAAAGGAUUUUUUUUUCUUCUUUUUUUUUUUUUUUUUCCUCCUUCUUCGCCUUUACAAGCGCCUGCGAUUGACACCACUAGAGACAGGCUGGUUACGGAGCAAACUGCUUCAUCCGGACUGGACCGGGCUGCUGGGAGGAACCAGGCAGGCAAGAACUGGGGACGCUGUCUGGGGGUUUCUCUACGGAUCUCGGCCCCCAUCUGUUUUUUUCUCCCCCCUCCCCUCUUUUCUUUUGGUUCUUUUGUUUUGCUUUGCUUUGGUUUUUGGUUGUUUUACAUUCCUUACGUUGUUGGGACUAGUGAGUGGUGGAGUCUCGGAAGCUCCAGCUCCUCGCAGACUGCCGGGGACAGUGGAUUAAGAGAAAGAAGCUCGCCUGGGGCAUUGCAUACCCUGUUAUUCAGUUUCCUGCCUCGGAGAUAAAGAUCCCAGCUACAUGGGCAAACGCCUGGAUCAGCCACAAAUGUACCCCCAGUACACGUACUACUGUCCUCAGUACCUCCAAACCAAGCAGUCCUAUGCACCAGCCCCCCAUCCCAUGGCUCCUCCCAGCCCCAGCACAAACAGCAGCAGCAACAGCAGCGGGGAACAGUUGAGUAAAACGAACCUGUACAUCCGAGGCCUUCCACCAGGCACCACGGACCAGGACCUCAUCAAGCUGUGUCAACCGUAUGGGAAAAUUGUAUCCACAAAGGCAAUUCUUGACAAGAAUACGAAUCAAUGCAAAGGUUAUGGUUUUGUAGAUUUUGAUAGUCCUGCAGCCGCACAGAAAGCAGUAGCAUCCUUGAAGGCAAAUGGCGUGCAAGCACAGAUGGCCAAGCAACAAGAGCAAGACCCUACAAACCUGUACAUCUCAAACCUUCCCAUCUCUAUGGAUGAGCAGGAGCUGGAGAACCUGCUGAAGCCCUUUGGACACGUGAUAUCCACCAGAAUCCUGAGAGAUGCUAACGGAGUCAGCAGGGGCGUUGGCUUUGCCAGAAUGGAGUCUACUGAAAAGUGUGAAGUGGUAAUUCAACAUUUUAAUGGAAAAUAUUUGAAAACACCACCAGGCAUCCCAGCCCCCAGUGAGCCUUUACUGUGCAAAUUCGCUGAUGGGGGACAAAAGAAGAGACAGAAUCAGAGCAAGUACACCCAGAAUGGGAGGCCAUGGCCCAGAGAAGGAGAGGCUGGCAUGGCUUUGACCUAUGACCCCACAGCUGCCAUACAGAAUGGAUUUUAUUCCUCACCGUACAGUCUCGCAACCAACCGCAUGAUCCCACAGACAUCUAUCACGCCGUUCAUUGCCGCCUCCCCUGUCUCCACAUACCAGGUCCAGAGCACUUCAUGGACGCCUCAUCUGCCAUACAUUGUGCAGCCAACAGGUGCUGUGAUCACACCCACCAUGGACCACCCCAUGUCAAUGCAGCCGACUAACAUCGUGGGGCCCCUGACGCAGCAGAUGAACCAUCUUUCCCUGGGGACAGCAGGAACGAUUCAAUCCCAAGACAGAAUUAUGGUACUUCACCAGCUGUUGUGUCAGUAUAUGACUGCUGCUCCUAUGCAAGGGACCUACAUUCCCCAGUACACGCCUGUGCCUCCGACAGCUGUUUCUAUUGAAGGUGUUGUCGCUGAUACCUCUCCCCAGACGGUGGCCCCCUCACCCCAGGACAGCAGUGGUCAGCAGCAACAGUUAGCAGUGGACACAGCCAGUGAACACGCCCCUGCAUACUCCUUCCAGCAGUCCAAACCAUAGACAGAAAUGAGGAUGUCCACCUGAACCUUUUCCUUCAAUGAAGAAACUUCACUAAGCAAGAACUUAGUUGGCCUCCAGUUUGCACAGGCACCAAGGGAAAGCUUUCUUCUUCUUUUAUUUUAUUUUUUUUAAUUUUAUACUUUACUCAAAGAAAACAACGUUUUUAUGUGCUGUGCGAAUUUUUCCUUCGUGUGGUCUCACAGUUAUUUUGUCAUUUCUUUUUUUAAUUAAAGGAGAAAAAAAAAUCCCAGAAAGGGGGUAGGGUGAUAAACAUCAAAAGUUGAUGUUUUCUGUGGAAGAACAUUUUAAUUUAGAAUUUACCUGAACGUGUAAGUAGAUUUUUUUUUUGUAGAAAACCCAAUGUCAAGAAGUCAGAACCAGAAGUAUAAAAAAAGUAUUUUCCUCAGUAAUUAAGCUAUUUUUUCUCUCCUUUUCCUUUUUGUUUGAAUUCCCUGGGUUGUUGUUUUUUUUAUAUUUUAUGUUUUUUUAGAAAUAUUUAGGUAAGGUUUAUCUUGAAUCUUAAUUGCCUUAAUUUUAAGGACGUCAAAGGCUCGAGAGGCAUGCUGUCAACGUCUGUUUUUUAAAAAAAAAAUCACUAAAGUAUUGAAAUAUUGUGCCAGCUUUCACUGGCAUAGAAGAUGGAGACUGAGUUUUUAGAGUUGAAAAGAAAAAGGAAAAAUCUGUACAGUUUAAAAGAAAGUGUUUUUCUUCAUUUGAAGAAAAAUUGUUGAUAAAAGAAACCACAGCAACUGCAAGAAUCGGGAAAUGCUGGGACUCCUAUGAACUUUGACACAAGCGUUCUAAAAGGCUAAAAGACACUUUAUGGUAAAGUUAUUCACAUUGGUUUAAAAACAACUGCAUUAGAAAUAAUGCGUGUUUGGGGGGCAGAAUGCAAUUUUUUUUUUUUUUUUAAUUUCCAGAGCGUGGUUGCUAGCGAAAGCGUUAGUGCUUUUUAUCUGCAGUUUUUCUAUGAGCUUUGUCAGGUUUUAGUCAGCUUUGCUUGUCACAUUGCAAAACCUAGUGUAAGAGCACUAAAAACAAAACUUAAGUAGAUAGAAGCUUAUGGUCAAAAAGUGCAAAAAAAUAUAAAAAACAAAAACACACAAACACACAAAAAAAAACAAAACAAAAAACAAAAAAAGCAAUAGAUAGAGAAAUUGUUGACAAUUUCUGUAGUCUUUCUUAGUUGUGGUCACUUGCAGCCUAUGGAUGGCCUAUUUUAUACCAAAGAUGAAGUGAGACCCUGUUACCGUCGCGAUGGUAGACACUGCUUUUCUUUCCUUGAAGUUUUGUUUGACCUACAUGGCCAGACCAAUUCUAACUUCAUUUCAACUACCUUUCACUAGUGUUUCACAUACUGCAAAAAGAAAUUGUUUUUCUAAAAGUGUAUAUUUGUUGAUAGUUGAAGUUUGUACCUACCGUGCUCAGCAGUUCAAGCAUGAAGAGUCCAAGAACCAAUGGACUGGCGGAAGCAGCAGCUUUAACUCCUGUGAGCUUUUCUAGCCCCGCCAGCUGUCUCAGCAAUGCAUAGGUGACCACUGGCACACUGGGUCCUUUGUUCAAGAGGAUGAAAUGUCUUCAUAUGAACUGCAGGCUAAGUAUGCUUGGUGAACCCUCUCUGAAAGAUGUCUGAAAGGCUCAGUGAUGUCCUGUGCAGUGGGGUGUGGUCUCCAGAGAAGUUCUCAUGAAUUGGUAACAAUAGUCUUCCUUUCAAACACCAACAUAAACAGAUUUUGUCUUCUCACUUUUGUUUUGUUAUUGGCCCCUUUGAACAGACACCUUGACUCAGUACUUAGGAAGGGGAUGUUUUCCUUUACCUCUUCCCAUGGUGUUCUCAUAUCUUGAUAUUGACAGGAGAGACAACACAGCCCUUUCUAAACUUGAGUAUAAUUCUCUGAGAUAAGUGGGGCCAUUAAGAUCUUUUAGUGCAGUAGAGGCAAGCUCUUCACAUGCUAGUUGACAAUCAAUACAUUAUUUGCUUUUUAUCAACAAGAACUGAAAGAAUUAGGGUUGAUCCAGCACUGAGACCAAAGGAGAUAUUUGCACUUAGAAUGAGGCAAAACUUGGCUUAAAUUUAUCUAAAUUGACUUAGUGAGCAAGUCCUAUCUGACUCAUCAUGUCUGGGAUCAAUGUACCUAGUGUUGCUUGAAGUUAGAGGCAGGGGCAUGGAACUCUGUUCCUGGGACCAUUCCCAAGAAUUGCUUUUGAAUCAAGUAGGCAAAGCUGUUUUUGCAGGGUUAGUCUAUCUGAGAGGUUAGGGAAGACGCAAACCCAGCACUGGAGAGGAAAAGAGAGUAGGCUUUCAAAUUGUAGUCCUGUUACAUCGCCACACCUGAGGAACCUUACCCAGCUCAAAGGUCCAUAUUCCUGUCUCACCAGACCUCGGUUCUCUUCUUUGCAACCCUGUGAAUUGAGAGCUCAAGCCUGGAGAGUGACUUUGUUGGCCAUCAAACUAAUUACAGAACUGUAUCCAAGGAGACGGCUACACGCUACAGAGAAAUUCUACACUUCGCCUUCACCCUAAUCUUUUUCUGUGCUGCGGAGGGAACCUGAGCUGUCCACAUCCUUCAGUCACACCUGUCGGCUUCCUGGGUGUUGGAAGGGCAAACUUGGAUUUUGUCUUUGGCAAGAAAAACCCUCAAGUUCCAGGGGCUUUCGGAACACUCACAGGAGACUACAGUUUCUCUUUCUCCUUCAUUCUCUCUCAAUUCUUUGUAUAAGUAAGGAUUAUCCUGGGCAUCAUUCGUUUGAAUAUGAAACCAACGUACUUUCUUGUCCUUUCUGUAAAAGUACCAAAUACAUGUGUUCAUGUGUUACAAAGAGAGUCUCAUUUGCAUAAUCAACAAUGAGGCUGCGAGGUAGCUACCAUGUGGCUGUUGAAGGUGCCUAGGUAACUUCAUGCUCAAAACCGUCUUAUGUAUUCGUUCUGAAUCAUUUCUUCCAAAUCUGAAAUGUUUGUAAUCUCUUUUCUUUCAAACCACGUCAGGCCAAAGGAAAUCAUCCUGUCAUUUUAUAUGUUUCCGUGUGUUUUAUGUUUGUUUGGGCUGUUUCUAUAGUGCCAUUCCAUAAAAUCUUUUUGAGAAAAAAAAAUGUACAUAUUCAAAUUGGCUCCCUUUUUUUCUGUCAUUUUUUUUUUCUUACCUAAGAACUGUUUUCAGCAGUCCAGUGUAGAAGGGGAAGAAAGGCAUCAGUAGAUAACAGAACUGCAUUGUGAUAAAAAGCAAGAUCCCCCAAACACGUGAGCUAUGUGUGCAGGGCAGAUGCCUGAAUCUCAACCUAGUCUUCACAUGGUAGUCCUCAUGUGAUCUAGGGCAAUAGCCGUUCUUUGCAUAGAAGAAAAACUCUAAUUCUCCGGAUUGUUAAGAUAUUUUGAUUUUUUUUUCCAUUUCAUUACCACAUAUUGGAUGACAAAUUAGGAAACCAACUGAAGCCACGAUCCAAGCAAGAUAAAUACUGUGUCAUCUAAAUGCUACUUACAUUGUCAGAUUUCUUUGAAUGAUGACAAGGUAUCAGGGAGGCAGAAUGUGUGGUGACUGGUAGCUGUGUCACCUAAUGACCCCAGGAUAGAACCUGUAUAAGCUAAUGCUAGUAUUGGCAGGUGCUAAAGAUGAAAAAAUAUGUGCAUAGAUUUUAUUUUAUUUUUUUACCUCCUUGUUUAAUGGUUGCAAUGUCUAUGAAAAAAAACCCUACACAUCUUUUAUAUUGAGUUAAAAAUCCCCUUUACCGAAGAGUGUGGGAUUUGAUUUAAACAGAAUCCUUGUACUCUUCUUCAUGAUUGAGAUGUUUGGAUGGGAUAGCUGCACAGACUAUAAUGUUAACCGGCUAAAAAUACUUUGACAAUCCAGACUCAUUCGCGUGAGUGUGCAAACAAUUGCAGAUGAGCUAAAAAAAAAAAUACUAAAGAAGUCUUAAGUGGGUUUCAAUGAAAAAUACAUGAUUUCAAACUAGUGAGACAACAGAAUUGAAAGUCACUUGUAAUGGCAAUCAGCACAGCAAGAAGUCACAUGUUGAAAUGUUAUAGAAUCUUGACACAGGACCUUGAUCUAGUUUAUUUUUACCACAAUAUGGAGUGGAGAAUAAGAUUUCUUUUUUCUUGCCAUUGGGACUGGUAUGCUAAACAUCUUUUUCCCACUAGCCUUGACAGAUUCUUUUGAGCUCCAGGGAUGGCUGGACUGGCAGGCUCCUUGAUCCCAUUUCCUUCUUGUUGCAAAGGAAUAGUGGGUUUCAUUCACGAAUCAACUCAUUUUACAAUUGUGGUUUGCAAUAUGCUUGAGUGUUUGCAAUAUGCUCGAGAUUAAUAUUUCUUAUCCAUACAAAGUUGGAUCCUUCAAUCAAAUGCUGUCUGUCCUGGCCAUCCUUUGUGAUGACCUGGAGUUCAGAAAAGUACAUAAGCUAAAUAAUAAGCUCCAAGCAGCCCCAUGCUUUUAAAAAGUGGGUUCAGUGCAGAUUCCCGAUUUCUGUUGUCUUUGGACUGAUACUCCAGCUUAUAACAUGCAGACAUAGUUGCUGUCACAGAAAGGACUGUGUGUCUGCUAUGCAAUGACAGCUAUGCUCUUCUGGGCUGGAAAAUGGUGUGCCAAGGAAUUCAUUGUACUGGUGAAGCUUCAGAACUGAACAGAGGCAAGAUGGAGCUUAAGGAUUCAGGGAAAAUUAUGAGGUCACAGUCACCUGGGAGAUUUUCGUAACAUUGCUCAGUUUUCUGAGUUUCAAAGAAACACAGUCACUGCCAAUAUUCGAAGAGCUAGCUGACUGAUUUGUGGGGGUGUUUUGUCUUUUCUUCUUAGUGACCGGUCCUGUUAACUUUAGAAUUUCACCCCGUGAAAAUAACAGUUCACACCAAUCUGUGUUGCUUCCCAAGUACUGAUUUGUUAAGGGAGUUUUAAUCGUUUUUUGAAAUUGAUGUCCACACAUUAUACACUACGAAUUUUCAACAGCCCAUAAUGUCCUUUUCCUAUCCAGCACACAUAAUUGAGAGUUUGCUGCGUUCUCACAAAACACACCUGGAAAGUUAUAAGAACAAGCUUGGCUCCACUUGGAAGAAAGCUACUUUGGCACCAUUCUCUUUACUGAAACUCAGAUCAGGAAAACAGAUCAACCCAAUUUUUAUCAGGAGAAAGUAACAGUAGUUUGGGGCUAAAUAUACUUUUUUAUCCCCUUCUCAAGUCCUUUGAGUACAAAAAUAUAUUGUUUUUAUUUUUGUUGUUGUUUCUGUUUGGCUCUGUGUUACUAUAUUACAACUGAAAGUCACUCAUAUUCCAAGGCAUAGUUUUUUGGACAUUGUGUACACAAGUGCACAGGUAAAACUGCUGUCACACUCUGGUCCAACAUUAAUAAUAAAGAUGCCCUCUCUUCCUCCCCAAAUGUGUGAUGUCCUCAUGUGUGAGAAGAAACAAGAUUCCCUAACAGGGAAUCAUCCCUGUUAGAAAUGGUAAAAUUAUUUCAGAGAGACAUUGGGUGACUGAAACUUUGUUCUCCACUCUGGAAACAAACAUCCCCAUUACCUUAAGAAGACCAUUGGAAUCUUAAUUUUUAAGCUCUGGGUGAAAGUACUUCAGUUUCAAGGAAAACCAUGUCACGGCUUCUUCUUUACAGUCAUUGUUUUAAGUCAUCUUCAACUUCAUGGACCUUCUAAAACACCACUUUGAGAUUUCGUUUAACGGCAUCUUUGUAACUGUCCCUGGCUGUCGUGGAGGGUUCUGUAAUCCUAUGGCAUUUCUGAUUUUAUCUUUAUGUUCUUUCAUGUGUAUCACAGUCAAGUUAGAUACCAUUUCCCCUGUUUCCUGGGCUCUCUGUAGAUCAGUGGAUAUUAGGUUUCAAUUUCUGUUUUCUUUGAUGAAGCUUUCAAUAAAAAAUGAAAAUAAAAUCAACAAA